CAGCAACCUCUGCAAAGCUGCAGCCGCCAUCGCCUUUCGUAGCAAGCCAAUGCAAUCCCAGCCCUUCAGAUUAACUAGUUGAAUUAGCUAUGUAUUUUGAAUUUUAUGUUAGGUUUUAUCUAAAAUUUUUUUCCAGGACAAACAUCGAAUUUUGAGGAUAAUGAGUUUUUUCCUAUAUGAGGCUAAUGAGGUGCAUCAUCUUCAACAAGUACUGAAUUGCAUCAAUUUCAACCUACUGAGUUGCAUCAUCCUCUUUCUCAAAGUUCACAUCACCUACGAAAGGUCUAUGAGCAAUUGCCAGGUGCCACAGUCGCAAGCACAGUCGUAGUAUUAAUCGUCAGGCAUUCACACCUGGACCUGACACGACACACAGGAGCAGACGGCAUUCCUAGAAAUAAUGGCACAUUGUGACUCAGUGACAUUGGCAAGGCUGUGGCGCUAAGUGAAAAAAUACACUGAGCAAAUCGUACAUUGUACCUUGUACUGGAGGAAACGGAAAUUAUUAGGUGAUGACUGUUGAUCUUGAUGUUGAAAUGCAAGAAAAAUAC